AUGAGUAAUAGCAAUGAGGUCAAACGCAUCCAAGAUGAGCACCCAGGCGAAGCGUGCAUUAUCGAGGAUCAGAUCCUCGGCAAGACACUUGUGACCAGGACAUUGGGUGAUUGGGACCAGAAGUGGCCGAAAGGGAUGGUGGGACGGCUCUAUCCCUUCCUUCCCUUUGUUAGCAACAAAGUGCCACUGAUUCGAAAGCGACUCCUCACGAACAGCAUCUCUCCUCCUUAUCAGACGGCCCGCGCAGAUGUCACACAUGAGAAACUGUCCGGAGGUCGAGUAAUCGUGAUCGUUGCGAGCGAUGGGCUGCCGGACAACUCCGCUCGUUUGACUCUCGAUCAACAUCCGGAUGUGGAGAAGCGGAAGCAAGACAUGAUCCAAAGCUGGGUACGGUCUGCCAGCAGGAAACCGCUCGAAGGGCUAGAGGCUGAGCGAAUCAUGCGCGAUGUUUUAGGUGGCACGGACGAAAGGAAAGUAUUGAUGAACAUAACCGAUUGGUUCCAACUCUCGAUAUGGGACGAUCUGACCCUGAUAGUGAUCGACUUGUCUUUCCCCGAAGAAAGAAGCGACUGAGAUCGUUUGAGUAUCUCUGGGACAAGAGACACGAAAUCAUUGGGAAAUUGCCAGCCCUUGCUCCCGGUUCUCCAGGACGACUUGGCGACGAACUACGAAGAUGCACAUGGAAUCGGAAAACAUCUUCAGCUACACUGGGUGUAGCAGGGAUCCGAGACAUCACAGGAAACAUCACAAGAGACGGCGUGUUCCUGCCUACAUGCAACUUUUCACAUAUUCGCUGGCGGCUGGCGACCCAGUGUAUACAUAGAUGAUUGUAGAUG